AUUAUUCUUUCCUCCUCUUUGGUGAGGCUGUCACUCGGUGAAGUCAUUCUGUUGCGGCUGCCUCCUCUCUUUUUUUGUUCACCCCCCCGUCGGCUUUGGGGAGGAGAAGAUAAAGCUUCCUCGGGUCCUCUAAUCAUAACAGGUCUGGUGUCGCUGGAGCGCCUAUCCGCGGGAGAACGGUCCGAGACGCGCAUCAUGCUGGACGGCAUAAAAAUCGAAGAUCACCCGCUGCGAUCGGGACAAGCCACGCUGGGAGUCAUGCUCGGCUCCGAGUGUCACCACAGAUCCGUGUGUGAGGGCUGCCAGCGGCCCAUCUCCGACCGCUUCCUGAUGAGGGUCAACGACUCCUCAUGGCACGAAGAGUGUUUGCAGUGCACCGUGUGUCAACAGCCCCUCACCACCAGCUGUUACUUCAGAGAGAGGAAACUUUACUGCAAACACGACUACCAACAGUAA